CUGCAAUGCAUGAGCACCAAGGGCUGGAACAGGGUGAUCGUAGAGAAACCGUUUGGACACGAUCUUCAGAGCUCGGAGGAGCUCUCCUCCCAUCUUUCUUCUCUUUUUGCCGAAGAUCAGAUUUACCGCAUAGAUCAUUAUCUGGGCAAAGAAAUGGUGCAGAAUCUCAUGGUGCUCAGGUUUGGAAACCGGAUCUUUGGGCCGAUUUGGAACCGAGACAGCGUUGCCUGCGUCGUUCUUACCUUCAAAGAACCGUUUGGAACUCAGGGGCGAGGAGGCUACUUUGAUGAUUUUGGCAUCAUCCGGUGAGAAAAAAAAAUCAUU